CCUUCCUCCCUCGGCGCACGGUCCAUCUCCAACGCCAUGGACCACCGCGCUCAAGCGGGCUCGAACCGGUUAGACCACUGGUCCGAAGAAACCCUAUGGCACACCAACAACAACAAGGGCGAGGACAAGAUACUCGAGAUCGAUACAUGGAAGCCACGCUUGCCCGCAAGAACGUACCGUUCGGACAGCAAAUCUCCGAGGACUGCGCUCAAGCCGACGAGGAGCGAGUACUCAUCAUGGGGGUAUUACCCGAACCACAUGGUGAAAACUGAGUCUUGCAGGGCUAAGGUGCGGUCGGUCAGCGCGCCGAGGCAACGGCUCGAGUUCUCGGACAACAAUGGCCACAACAGGUCAGUUCAUGGACAUUACUGUUACUACUACACGGCCGCAGACAGGUCAGUGGAGCAGUGUUGCGGAGGAGGGUUGUCUGAAGGGUUGAAUCGAAGAAACCCGAGCGGGAGAUCAAAGAUUGGGUUAUGAUUUGGAAUUUGUUCAUGUUUCUUGGUAAUUUUACGUGACCUCAACAGGUUUUUUUAUUGUCGGUAAAAAGGUAAAAUUCUCAUUUUUUGUUCGGUGUCUUGAAGUUUUGAGGACAAUAUACUAAUACGGUGGCUUCCUAA